CAAAACCCUAUUCCUUUCCAACCCCAUUCCCAAAUCUCUCCCUGUCUCUCUCUCUCUCUCUCUCUCUCUCUCUCGCUGUUGGAUGCCUUUCCAUGGAUUUCAGAUGGAGUGAAACCCAACAACAGCAGCAGCAGCAGCAGCAGACCCAAUCCACCACUGCCACAGACCCGUACACUGCUGCUGCCCAAUUCUACAAUGCGCAGCAGCAUGCCUAUGCCCAAUAUCCGUACUACCCUCACGCCCAAAACCCUAUCCCCUCCCAAUCCAACCCCAAGCACCAGACCCCAUCUGCCCAAUUCGAUUCCGCCUCGUCUGAAGCUGGUCUCCGGCCGCCAGGCAUCGACCAUUACACCCCCAAUCCCUACCUCCCCCACGGUGGCUACGAUGGGCAGGCCGCACUCCAGUAUGCCCACCCACAGAUGAUGCAGGCGAGCGCAUACUUCCCGGACCCCUCCAUGCAGCAGAGCUGGGCCGCACAGGAGGCCUUCCAGCAGUCCGGGGUCGAUCCUGCCACUUAUGCAGCUACUGUAGGACUGGCAAAUGGGAUGGUGGGUCCAAAUCCAAAUCCCAUGUGGAACAAUAGUACGGGUCGCCAUUUUGCCAAGGGUGCUAUGAAGAAGGCCCCGAAGAAAAUCAAGGUUGUGCAAUCUGCGUGGUGUGAGAUCUGCAAGAUCGAGUGCAACAGCAAGGAUGUGCUUGACAAGCACAAAAUGGGGAAGAAACAUAAGAAGAGUCUUGAGAAAUUAGAAGCGAAGAAAGAGGCUGUUGCCGCUGCUGCAAAGCCCAAGAACCCAGUAGCUGCUAAAAAGGAAACUCCAUCAGGUGAGGUGGGCAACGCGGCUGGUGGGCAGGCAACACGGAGGAAGGGGGCCCCGACAGAGGUGGAGGAUUUGGAGACGAAGAGACGAAAGUUAAUGGAGAGUGGGGCAGCGCCGGAUUCGCUGAGGGUGUGCGCGAUAUGCAAUGUCGCUGUCAACAGUGAGACGGUGUUUAAUUACCAUCUGGCUGGGCAAAAGCAUGCUGCCCAAUUGAAGAAACAUGCUGCUACUGCUGCUGGAGCAGCCACUACGGUUGCUGGUCCUCAAGCGGUUACUGCUGCUUGAGAUGGGCUGCCAGAAAAUGGCAGAAAGGAUGUUUGUUUUUUUUUUUUUUUUUUCCUUUGAUUUUUCCCUGUUGUAGGCUUUGUUGGUUGCUUUGGAUGAUCUAUAUUUUGCUCAUUUUGGGGGAUAAACUGUAAUCAGUUCAAUCAUCUCUCUAAGAUAGUACUUGAAUUUUACUGGUUAUUUAAUGAAAAUGGAAUCAGUUCACUCA